CUUACAUCCUCUUACGUACUGGCCGAAGUUGAAAUUGAAGAAGGAAGAAGGAUCGUGGAACCUUUUAAAACCAAAAACAAGCUAUUUUGAUCCUAUGGUAUUUGGUCGCUUUAGUGUUUGUGAUUAAUUUAAGUCUCCCAUAGAAUUGGUCUUAGCUCAUGGACUGAAGAAAAAGACCUACAAACUCUGGUGAGGGUAUGGAAAAAAAGGGUAGAGAAAAUCCUAUAGGUAAGAGUUGCAAAUUAUUGGGAAGCCAUUGGUGUUGUUGCAGCUCACAAGGCUGGAAUAGAUCCUUAUUCCCUUCGAAGAAAUAGAAUCAAAAACAUUAAUUGCAUUUCCAGUACAUCUUCUAAUGGCCAAGCAGUUUCAAGUGCCUCUCAAGGAUUCCACUGAGGAUCAUGCGGAGAAUGCUUUUAAAUCCUUCAAAAUCAGGGUCGGUUGAAUUCACCUACAAAAGUUGGUUAUAUAUAUUCAACUCCUACUCACCAGCGAAGUCAUGGGAGAUGGCCGGAGGCGGGCCUUAGCGCUGCAACUUCUUGACCUUGUACGUGACUUUGUUCUGAUGUCAGGGAGGUCGAUCGCUGGCACUGGAGACGCUAUGAAGAAAGAUUGCACCGAUCUCAUUCGUCGGAUUGCCCUCCUGAUCCAUCUGGCGGAGGAGAUAACAAACUUCUGCAGUGGCAGCGGGGACAAUUUUGAGAAAUCGAAUGAUGAUGGGUCUUCUACUUCUUUAUCUUCUUGGUUGGAUUGCCUUUCCGAAGUGGUUGGAGCAAUUCAGGCGGCAAAGCGGCUUCUGUACACGGCUUUGACUUUCUCUGCAUACGACGAGGAGGGUUGUGCGGCUUCGACGGAGGAAGGUACCAAAAAACUGGUUCUACAAUUCAAGCAUGUGACAACAAGAUUGGAAACUGCACUUUCAAAUCUGCCAUAUGAUCAAUUUUGUGUCUCAGACGAAGUACAAGAACAGGUUGAUUUGGUUAGAGCUCAAUUAAGGAGAGCAUCACACAAGUAUGAAUCUAUGUCUAACCCUGCAGAAAAGAAGCUUCAAGCAAGAAGUUCCGUAAAAUGGAUGAUCAAUAAUGAAGUCAGAAGCAUGGCUAGCGUUGAUGAUGGAGAUGAGUCUCAGCAUCGUCCUCGAAACCGCGAUCAUCUGGCUAGUCUCGAUUCGGUGAAUUCUUGUUUUGAUGAGUGUUCAAGUGUUGUUCAUUCUGAUACGGAAGAUGUUGUAGCCAGCAGGAGCCAAGAUGAGGUUAAGAAGCCUCUGGAAAUUGAAAUUCCUGAAAACUUCUUAUGCCCCAUUUCCUAUGAGUUGAUGUUGGAUCCUGUCAUCAUCUCGACGGGACAGACAUAUGAAAGAUCCAACAUACAAAAGUGGAUAGACAGAGGAAAUAGAAUAUGUCCAAAAACUCAGGAGCAGCUCCAAGCACUAAUCCUCACUCCAAAUUUUAUAAUGAGAAAACUAAUAUAUGAAUGGUGUGAAGAGCACAAUGUCAAGCUAGAGGAAGGACUAACCAACGGGAAACUUAAGAAGUGUAGAUCGUCUGAAGACGACUGCCGAAGAACUCCUCUGCCAAUCAAAACUCUGGUUCGACACCUAUCAUUUGGGUCGGUUCAAGAGCAAAAGAUCGCCGUGACGGAGAUUCGACAGCUAUCGAAAAGCAGCUCAGAGCAUAGAGUUGAAAUAGCAGAAGCAGGAGCAAUCCCACAGCUCGUUAACCUUUUAUCUUCAAAAGAUGUUAUAACACAAGAAAAUGCAAUUUCUUGCAUUCUUAACCUUUCACUUCAUGAGCAAAACAAGAGACUUAUUAUGCUUUCUGGUGCAGUUUCAUACAUUUCCCAAGUCCUCAAAGUUGGGAGCAUGGAAGGGAGAGAAUGUGCAGCUGCGACGAUUUACAGCUUGUCGUUAGCCGAUGAGAACAAGGCAAUAAUAGGGGCUUCAGGUGUCAUACCGGACUUAUUAGAAAUUCUCGACAUCGGUACCCCGAGAGGGCAGAAAGAUGCUGCAGGAGCUCUAUUGAAUUUGUGUAUGUACCAAGGGAACAAGGGCAGGGCUUUGAAUGCUGGGAUUGUCAAACCAUUGUUGAAAAUGCUCUCUGAUUCAAAUGGUUCCUUGGUUGAUGAUGCUCUCUAUAUAAUGUCGAUUCUUUGCGGCCAUCCGGAUGCGAAAGCUGCAAUGGGGAAUGCAAAUUCACUGCUUGUUUUGACUGAUGUUUUGAAGACGGGGUCACCUCGCAGCAAGGAGAAUGCAGCAGCUGUUCUGCUUGCAUUCUGCAAGGGAGACAGGGAGAAGCUGGAAUGGUUGACAAGGCUGGGCGCGAUGGCACCAUUGAUGAAACUUGCGGAGAACGGAACGGGGAGAGCAAGGCGGAAGGCUGCUUCAUUGUUGGACCAACUCAGAAAAUCAUGAACAGGAACCAAACCAUGUUUUUGACUAUCUACAGAAUAGAAUGUUAAAUAGUUUUUUUUCUUCACAUUCAAAUCUGAUUUGCUAGUUUGCAUAUUGUUUCAAACGUUCAGCAAGAAAAGUUAAAAACAUCAAUCAUAUAAUCUUCUUAUAUAGUUCACAUCUUCCUAUAAUUAA